CCAACGAUGACCGGCCCAAUCUGUUCAAUGUUGAAACGAUGCCGUACGGAUCUAAAUACUGUCUUGGAUUCGUGCUUCUGUUGUUGCAAUGUGAAGGAUGAUGAGGUUGUCAAUGGCAGGGUUUCGAAGCUCGUUGCCCUUUUCUGCGCUAAUUAGACAGGUCGAGCAAGAGAUGGAAACUGUGAUGAAGGUGCUUCAGCCUGGACCCUUGGGAAUCAUAGAGCACAAGUUUUCCGCCGACGAAAUUCGCAAGGCUAAUGCCACGGUUUCUAAAGCAGUGACCAAUUGGCGAACCAAUGCGAUCCUCGAAGACUACAAUCACGUUUUAAAAGACUAUAUUCACAACAAGUGAAGCCAAUUUUAGUUCCUCCCGCCAAAUUUUGACCCAAGGUUACUUCCAUUUUCCUUUGGUGUGUGUGUGUGCCUAUUUGUUUAGAUGUAUGAUCGUUAUUGAGGUGUUUAAGUAUUGUAAAUGCUGGUUACUUGAUUAUAAGUUUGUAUGAAGUUAUUCAAUAGUAUCUGAACUUUGGUAUGAUUGUUAAUUAUGUUUACUAUAAUUUGAUGAUGUGGAGUGUGGAUUGGGUUGCAUUAUUUUGUUUUUGGGGUUGGUACACAUUGCAAGUAAAUGUUGUCAUCCGUGAAGGCGACGACAACAACUAGUCUUUGCUUUUUGACGAUCUGACCUUGUUCGGUGUCAGCAUUGUCUUUUUGUAUGUCAGCUUUUUACGUAAUCUCUUCUUAUGGAAUAAAAUUUGUAUAUUUUUAGGUA